CUGCGCGUGCUGGGAGCCGGCUGGCAGGGCGUGCGGUGGGCGGGGCGCCGCGCUGACGUUGCCCGGGAUGCGGACAGGUUCCGCCGCCUCCAGCGCCGCCGCCGCAGCUGCCGCUGCCGCCGCCGCCGCCUCCGCCUCGCCUGCGACCGGGGUUUGUAUGAAAACACCAGGCGGCGGGCGGCGAGGGAUCCGCCGUGAUCCAGGUGCCGAGCCGGGUGCUGCGGCUCUGCGCGGUCCCCGCCAGCGCCCCAUCCUGAGCCGAUUAUCUGCAAUUAUGAAAUGAAGUAACUCAAGAUGAGCAAGUUAAAAGUGAUACCAGAUAAAAGCCUUACCAAUAAUUCUAGGAUCGUGGGACUCCUGGCUCAGCUGGAGAAGAUCAAUGCUGAACCUUCAGAAUCAGACACUGCCCGAUAUGUUACAUCAAAAAUUCUUCAUCUGGUUCAGAGUCAAGAAAAAACAAGGAGAGAAAUGACAGCCAAAGGUUCUACAGGAAUGGAAAUUCUGCUGUCAACAUUAGAGAACACAAAAGAUCUUCAAACUACACUUAAUAUCUUAAGCAUUCUUGUUGAGCUGGUGUCAGCUGGUGGAGGUCGAAGAGUGAGUUUCUUAGUCACCAAAGGUGGUUCACAAAUAUUGUUGCAGUUACUUAUGAAUGCCAGCAAAGAAUCUCCCCCACAUGAGGACUUAAUGGUACAGAUUCAUUCUAUUCUUGCAAAGAUUGGACCGAAAGAUAAAAAAUUUGGAGUAAAGGCUAGAAUUAAUGGGGCUCUGAAUAUAACCCUGAAUUUGGUCAAGCAGAAUUUGCAGAAUCAUCGCUUGGUUCUACCUUGCCUUCAGCUUUUACGAGUAUAUUCUGCCAACUCUGUGAAUUCAGUAUCCUUAGGGAAAAAUGGAGUUGUGGAACUGAUGUUUAAAAUCAUUGGACCAUUUAGUAAGAAGAAUUCCAGUCUUAUAAAGGUUGCUUUAGACACUCUUGCUGCAUUGCUAAAAUCAAAAACAAAUGCCAGGAGAGCUGUAGACAGAGGAUAUGUCCAAGUGCUUUUAACAAUUUAUGUAGAUUGGCACCGCCAUGAUAACCGGCAUAGAAACAUGCUCAUUCGGAAAGGAAUUUUACAGAGUUUAAAAAGUGUUACAAACAUCAAGUUGGGAAGAAAAGCAUUUAUUGAUGCCAAUGGGAUGAAAAUUCUGUAUAAUACUUCACAAGAAUGUCUGGCGGUCAGGACUCUGGAUCCUCUUGUCAAUACCUCCAGUCUGAUAAUGAGGAAGUGUUUCCCAAAAAAUAGACUGCCACUCCCAACAAUUAAAAGUUCUUUUCAUUUCCAGUUGCCUGUUAUUCCUGUGACUGGUCCUGUGGCUCAGCUCUACAGCUUACCCCCUGAAGAGCAAAAAAAAAAGGAAAGUUUAGAAGCUAGCAUGAUGCUGAAAACACAAUCUGUGGAUGACGUAGUAGAUGAAAGUGAUGACAACGAUGAUAUUGAUGUAGAAGCUGAAAACGAAACUGAGAAUGAAGAUGACCUAGAUCAAAAUUUUAAGAAUGAUGAUAUUGAAACAGAUAUUAACAAACUAAAACCCCAGCAAGAACCGGGACGAACAAUAGAAGAUCUAAAAAUGUAUGAACACCUUUUCCCUGAGCUUGUUGAUGAUUUUCAGGACUAUGAUUUAAUCUCCAAAGAACCAAAGCCUUUUGUAUUUGAGGGAAAAGUACGUGGUCCUAUUGUUGUUCCUACGGCAGGCGAGGAAACAUCUGGGAAUUCUGGCAAUUUAAGAAAAGUAGUAAUGAAGGAGAACAUAUCUUCUAAAGGAGAUGAAGGUGAAAAGAAGUCUACCUUUAUGGAUCUAGCAAAAGAAGAUAUUAAAGAUCAUGAUAGAACAUUACAACAGCAGCCAGGUGAUCAAAAUAGAACUAUUUCAUCAGUCCAUGGUUUAAACAAUGAUAUUGUAAAGGCCUUGGACCGAAUUACAUUGCAGAAUAUUCCUUCUCAAACAGCCCCAGGUUUUACUGCAGAAAUGAAGAAGGACUGCAGUCUUCCUCUUACUGUCCUUACCUGUGCUAAAGCAUGUCCACACAUGGCUACUUGUGGAAAUGUUCUGUUUGAGGGAAGAACAGUUCAGCUAGGGAAGCUUUGCUGCACUGGAGUUGAAACUGAAAAUGAUGAAGAUACGGAGUCAAAUUCAUCAGUAGAACAAGCAUCGGUUGAAGUACCUGAUGGACCAACACUCCAUGACCCAGACCUCUAUAUUGAGAUUGUGAAAAAUACAAAGUCUGUCCCAGAAUAUUCAGAGGUGGCUUAUCCCGAUUAUUUUGGUCACAUUCCGCCUCCAUUCAAAGAGCCUAUUUUAGAAAGGCCUUAUGGUGUACAAAGGACAAAAAUUGCUCAAGAUAUUGAAAGGCUAAUACAUCAGAGUGAUAUCAUAGAUCGUGUGGUAUAUGACUUAGAUAACCCAAAUUACACCAUUCCAGAAGAGGGAGAUAUUUUGAAAUUUAACUCCAAAUUUGAGUCUGGGAAUCUGCGCAAAGUAAUUCAAAUUAGAAAAAAUGAAUAUGAUCUUAUUCUGAACUCAGACAUAAACAGCAAUCAUUAUCAUCAGUGGUUUUACUUUGAAGUCAGUGGAAUGCGGCCAGGUGUUGCUUACAGGUUUAACAUCAUUAACUGUGAAAAGUCCAACAGUCAGUUUAAUUAUGGUAUGCAACCACUCAUGUACUCGGUUCAGGAAGCAUUAAAUGCCAGACCAUGGUGGAUUCGUAUGGGGACUGACAUUUGUUACUAUAAAAAUCAUUUCUCAAGAAGUUCAGUUGCUGCAGGUGGGCAAAAGGGAAAAUCCUACUAUACAAUUACAUUUACUGUCAAUUUUCCACAUAAAGAUGAUGUGUGCUACUUUGCUUAUCACUAUCCAUAUACGUAUUCAACUUUACAGAUGCAUCUUCAAAAAUUGGAAUCAGCACACAACCCUCAGCAAAUCUAUUUUCGGAAAGAUGUGUUAUGUGAAACCCUGUCUGGAAACAGCUGCCCCUUGGUGACUAUAACAGCAAUGCCAGAGUCUAAUUAUUAUGAACAUAUCUGCCAUUUCAGAAAUCGCCCCUACGUUUUCUUGUCUGCUCGGGUACAUCCUGGAGAAACUAAUGCAAGUUGGGUUAUGAAAGGAACGUUGGAGUAUCUCAUGAGCAAUAACCCCACUGCUCAGAGCUUACGAGAAUCUUAUAUUUUUAAAAUUGUCCCUAUGUUAAAUCCAGAUGGUGUCAUCAAUGGAAAUCAUCGCUGUUCUUUAAGUGGAGAGGAUUUGAAUAGGCAGUGGCAAAGUCCAAAUCCAGAUUUACAUCCUACAAUUUACCAUGCUAAGGGGCUGUUGCAAUACUUGGCUGCAGUGAAGCGUUUACCCUUGGUUUAUUGUGAUUAUCAUGGCCAUUCCCGAAAGAAGAACGUAUUUAUGUAUGGUUGCAGCAUCAAAGAGACAGUGUGGCAUACCAAUGAUAAUGCAACUUCAUGUGAUGUUGUGGAAGAUACGGGAUACAGGACAUUGCCUAAGAUACUGAGCCAUAUCGCCCCAGCAUUUUGCAUGAGCAGCUGUAGCUUCGUAGUGGAAAAAUCUAAAGAAUCGACAGCACGUGUUGUGGUUUGGAGGGAAAUAGGAGUACAAAGAAGUUAUACCAUGGAGAGUACUUUAUGUGGCUGUGAUCAGGGGAAAUACAAGGGUUUACAGAUUGGUACCCGAGAACUGGAAGAGAUGGGAGCAAAAUUUUGUGUUGGUCUUUUACGUUUGAAAAGACUGACCUCUCCGUUGGAGUAUAAUCUGCCUUCCAGCCUGCUUGACUUUGAAAAUGAUUUAAUUGAAUCAAGCUGUAAAGUAACUAGGAACCUUGGCAGCUCUGAACUUCAGUUUUUGCCUCCAAUCCUUUGAAAUUGCUGAAAGCUCUGAUGACUUCUCUGCCUCUAACAGCUGCCCUUGCUUGGCCUGGGUUCCACUGGACUUUGCCCCACGCACCUUUUUUUCUUUGCUGAUUUUGCUUUGUAUCCUUUCACUGCAAUAAGUCAUAACUGAAUUCGACUGCUCAGUCCUGUGAGUCUUCCUAGCAAAUCACUAACCCUAAGGUGGUCUUGGGACCCCUGAUAAGCAUGUUCAUUCUGAAUUUCUGUAAAGGUUGAUUAUCCCAGAGAUUCUAAUGUUCUACUGAGAAUGAUCAGAGACAGAUGGUAUUGUGAUCCUUUUAUGGAUGUAUGCAGCUGAGGCUCAGAGAGAGAAAUUUACCUGAGGCCAUCCAUCUAGAAAUUCCUGUCAGAAUCAGGAAUUGGAUUGAGGUCUAACUCUAAAAUUCACGUUCCUUUAUUGUAUCUUGUAUCCCCCAAGUAUGUAACCAAAAUUAAUACAAUAUAAUGGUUUCAAUUUUUGAAAUGCUCUUGUCUAAUUUGGAUAAUUUAAUCAUUUAACAUUUUCGUUAUGUGUAAGGAAUGUUUUAGUUCAAUGGCAAAAUAAGUUGGAGCUUAGUGACAUAGUUAAUUGCUGCUUCCCAAAGCCAGCUUAGUGAUACAGCUGCUCCUUGACUUACAGUGGGAUUAUGUCCCGAUAAACCCAUCAUAAGUUGAAAAUACCAUAAGUUAAAAGCCUGUUUCCUAUACCUAAGUACCAAACAUCAUAGCUUAGCCUAGCCUAUGUUAAACAUACUCAGAACACUUAAACAGUAGCCUGCAGUCAGGCAAAAUAAUCUAAGGCAAAGCCUGUUUUAUAAUAAACUGUUGGAUAUCUCAAGUAAUUUAUUGAAUAUUAUACUGAAAUAACGGAAUGGUUUCGCACAAUUGUAAAGUCAAAAAAUUUUAAGUUGAACUGUUACAAGUCAGGGACUGUAUUGUACUUUUCAACAAAAGUACAAAUAAAUUAGCAAAUUUCUUUUUUUUUCAAAUAGAUAUAUUUUCUCGUUGGAUAUUCUGUAUGCUAGUUCUGUGUGUGUAUGCAUGUACGUCUAUGUGCUGUAACCAUUUAAGCCUGACAGAAAUUGUUACUUGUAUUUUCUAUGGAUAACUUUGUUUACUUUGUGAUAUUUUUAGGAGAUACUAUAUUUAUCUCUCACAAGAUAGGAAUAAAAUUUUAUAAAUUAUAUAAAUGAAGCAUCUUCUGGUAUUUGAACAAAUAGAAAGAUUUUCUUUCACCCUAAAUCUGACAUUUCAGUACAAGAAAAUCAGACACAAUCAGCAAUUCACAAAUUGCCAAUAAUUUAGGCAAUGGCAUAUUUUUCUGUUUCUGCAUCAUUUUCAAAAAUUUUCCCCCAUGAUAUUUUAUUAUGCUAUCUUAAAACAGGUAGGUUAUUCUCAAGAGUUAAGAGUGCAGAGUUAAAGGAGGGUUCUGAGGUGCAAAGGUAGACAGAGUAUUUUUCAUCCUAUUGGCUUGAGACAGGCCAUUGCCUGCGUUCUUCAGGAACUGAGAAAGGUUGAUUUAGUGUUUUCUUUAACAAGGUAGGCUUUAUUAUUGUCAUAAUAUGAGCCCAGCAACUUUGUGAGAUAGGUGAGAAUGAUAUUGUUAUCUCCGCUUUACACUGAGAAACCUGUGCUCGGAGAGAGGAAAUGGCUUGCUCUGGGUCACAACUGGUGAAUACAAUAGAGGCACAACCCAGAAUUUCCAACUCCAUGGGCAGUGUUUUGCUUUCCUUGUGCCUGUUGUAGGUCAUGGAGCUGAAGAUCUACAUUCUGGUGUCUUGGAUGGCAAAUCAGCUCUCAUGGAAGGAGAUGGCAUAUAUUUGAGGGAGAACGGUGAAUUUUUUAGGUUUAGUUUUGUGUUAUACUUAAUAGCUUAAUGUGAGGGUAGCCAGAAAACUUUCUGAAUCUGCAUAAACAUUUUUUGUUCUCUUUAGAAAUCAGUUGGAAUUAUAAACCUUUUCUGCAUCAUAAUGAUACCAUACAGCAGAGAAUUUCAAUGCAUUCAUCCUGUCAGAAAGACUCUGGGUGAAAGUUUUGAUGUUUUUCUUGAAGCAGCAUGACAGGAUUUGGUUUUGGACUAAAAUGCUGUUUUCUUUAGAAUGAAAUGUUUCUUAAUUGUUUUUGGCUUACUCUAUUCAGAGUAGAAGGAUAGAUGUUAAGGCAGGUGUACACAGGGCAGCUGUUAGAAAAGGACGCAGAACAAGCCAAAAGGAGUAAACUUAUCUGAAGAAAAUGGGGGAAGCAAGGAAACAGUGGCGUUAAUACAAAGUAAUCAUGACGAGAAAUAAUUAAGUAUUGGUUAGACUUUUUUUUUCUUAUGAUUGUAAGAAUUUUUGGACUCCUAUCUGCUUAUUUAAAGCGAUUAUUUUAUAAACAUAGGGCAAGUGACCUUGAAGUCUUUUUUUAUUUAUUUUUUUAUUUUAUUU